UCUUGGCGGCGCCGGGGCGAUGAGCGGCUCGAAGGCGAGGGCGGCGGCGGCGGCGCCGGAGAAGAAGCCGCCGCCAGCGGCUGGGGGGCCGCUUAGCCGCCUGCGGGGGCGGCGCGGCUCGGCCGAUGCGGCGCCGCGGCCACCGUGGACCGAGUCCGAGUUGCUGGCGCUGGACACGGUCCGGCCCGAGCACGUCCUGGGGCUGUGCCGGGUGACGGAGAAUUAUUUAUGCAAACCCGAGGACAACAUUUACAACAUUGACUUCACCAGGUUUAAGAUCCGGGACCUUGAAACUGGCACCGUGCUGUUUGAAAUUGCAAAGCCUUCUGCCCCAGAGCAAGAGGAAGAGGCUGAGGAUGACAGCGGUGAGCUGGACGCUAGUGCAGGCCGCUUCGUUCGCUACCAGUUCACCCCAGCCUUCCUCCGCCUGCGGACCGUGGGUGCAACGGUGGAGUUCACAGUGGGAGAAAAGCCAGUGUCAAACUUCCGAAUGAUUGAGAGGCAUUACUUCCGAGAUCGCCUGCUGAAGAACUUUGACUUUGACUUUGGCUUCUGCAUCCCCAGCAGCAGGAACACCUGUGAGCACAUUUAUGAAUUCCCUCAGCUCUCAGAAGACCUCACCCUGGCCUUGGGCUGGCCCCGCCGGCUGCACACCGUGUACCAGACCGCGGAGCUGCCGGAGACACACCAGAUGCUGCGGCAGACGUGUCGGGACUUCGCAGAAAAGGAGCUGAUGCCUCUGGCGGCUCAGCUGGACAGGGAGCACCGCUUCCCGGCCGAGCAGGUGAAGAAGAUGGGCAGCCUAGGGCUGCUGGCCAUGGACGUGCCAGAGCAGUACAAAGGAGCAGGCCUUGACUACCUGGCGUAUUCCAUUGCUGUGGAGGAGAUCAGCAGGGGCUGCGCGUCCAGCGGCGUCAUCGUCAGCGUCAAUAACUCUCUGUAUCUAGGGCCCAUACUCAAGUUUGGCUCUGAGGAGCAGAAGCAGAAGUGGAUUGCUCCCUUCACCAGCGGGGAGAAGAUUGGGUGCUUCGCCCUCAGUGAACCAGGAAACGGCAGCGACGCGGGCGCGGCUUCCACGGUGGCGCGGCUGGAGGGUGAGGAGUGGGUGCUGAACGGCACCAAGGCCUGGAUCACCAACGCCUGGGACGCCUCGGCCACCGUGGUGUUUGCCACCACCGACAAGGCCAUGAAGCACAAGGGAAUUAGUGCGUUCCUGGUUCCCAUGCCAACUGCUGGGCUGUCACUGGGAAAGAAAGAAGACAAGCUGGGCAUCCGAGCCUCUUCCACUGCCAACCUGAUCUUUGAGGACUGUCGGAUACCCAAGGCCAACCUGCUGGGGCAGCUGGGCAUGGGCUUCAAGAUUGCCAUGCAAACUCUGGAUGGAGGAAGGAUUGGCAUUGCCUCGCAGGCCCUUGGCAUAGCACAGGCAGCUCUGGACUGCGCCGUGGACUACGCCGAAAAGAGAAUGGCCUUUGGGUCACCCAUCACAAAGCUGCAGGCAGUGCAGUUCAAGCUGGCAGACAUGGCUGUGGCGCUGGAGGGUGCACGCCUGCUGACCUGGAGAGCUGCUAUGCUGAAGGACAAUGGGAAGCCCUUCACAAAGGAGGCAGCAAUGGCCAAGCUGGCUGCGUCGGAGGCGGCCACAGCCAUUGCUCACCAGGCCAUCCAGAUCCUGGGAGGGAUGGGCUACGUGACGGAGAUGCCAGCAGAGCGGCACUACCGGGACGCUCGCAUCACCGAGAUCUACGAGGGCACCAGCGAGAUCCAGCGGCUGGUGAUCGCUGGGCAGCUGCUCAAGGCCUACCGAGGCUGAAGGUGCUGCUGCAGCAGGCACUGCCCCAGAGAGCCUCACCACAGCGCUCAGUGGCUGAGGCCUGGCCCUCCUGAUUGAGGCUGAUGAUGGAAGUUUCCUCACCAAUGAGUAACUGACCCUCUUGUUAACAUGUGCUGAUUCUUCUUUGGAGAGUUCUGUGCCUGGGAGGCUGCCUUAGGGCUGUGAGGGCAGGAGGGAAGAGUGGACCUGUCCUUGUAGCAGGGCACAGGCCUUUUCUUAAACUUGGAGCCUGGCUUUGGUAGUGACCUUUGCUGUUCAGUGAAGGCAGGAGCUCUCCUUGUGGGCCCUGCUCUGGGUUGAUACUGCCUCCUCUGCUCAGCCUUCCAUGAAUUUUGGGCGUGGGACAGCUUGGAGUGAGCUCCUGUGUGGAUCCAGGCUGUGUCGAGGUAACCCUUGCCGCAGGAGAGGAGGCAGAUGGGAGGACACAGCUACUACCUGUGCCCAGGGGAGCUCUUGCAUCACCUGUGGUUGGUUGCCUCUAAACACAAAGGUCAGAAACGUGCCCUUGCUCCUGCCCUGCAGAGCCGGGCGGCCAGCUCACUCAGCCUCUCCUGGUGCAAAGCAAAGGACAGAGCAGCAGCAGUGCCUGAGACUCUGUGGAUUUUUAACACCAAAGCUGCUCCCUAAGCUGCUUUUACUGUGCAGACGACUACCCCACAGGAAAGAAGGUGCAUGGAGUGGCAGCAACAGCCUUUAAUCUCCAUCUUGUGGGCAAUGAGGAGGAAAGGAGCAGAUGACACAGCAAACAUUACCAGGAAGCUUUAGUGGUAGCACAUACCCUCAGUCAGUGACCCUUGGCAAGAAAUUAACUUUGAGAAGGUCCAACGGCCAAAAGAAAAGGUUUAAACUCUGGAAACAAGCUUAAGACUGCAGCCUGUCUGGUCCCCUUGUCCAAGGAGGAGUCCACUAAAUGGUUAUUGUCCUGCGGUGCCUUUUAUUUAGAGUUGUGUGGAGAGAAACACAGAACUCUGUUCUACAAAAGAACAAAGAAGCCAAAUAAAACCUGGUUCUAAAGGACCACCCGCUCCCCACUUCCUUUUGUAAUGCAAAUGCGAAUCAAUUGAGAACAUUUACCUCUCCUCAGAGGAGGCAGAAGCAGAAAGCAGCA